AAACUUGGCGCAUUUUGCCCUCCACAUUUAUCCCCAUUUUUACCCAUCUUAUCGGCGUCGCCGCCGCCCGCGUUGCUGGCGGUGAUCGUGUCUCUCCGUCGGAUCUCCGACCUAUGAACCCUUCCCUCUCCUCUCUCUAUUGAAAACACCCAAAAAAAACAAAAAAAAAUUGAGAAAAUCAAAUCCAGUGAAAAAACCCUAAAUUUCUUAGUUCCAUUUUGUUCUCGCUUUCGUUCUACUUGGCGAAGAAUUUUUCUGAUUUACAUUCCAGUGAAUUUGAUAAUAAGAAGAGGAGAGGGAAGUUACAGAGAAAAUCCAAAAAAAUCUGAAAAAUUAAAAAGGAAAAAAAACUGCUCGUUUCCUUUUCUCCCGAUUUCGUUUCGUUUUUUGUGAAUUGAGAUGGCUGCCCAGGUUCAGAUGCAGUCUCAGGUUCCGGUGGUGAAUGCGGCGGCGGCUUCUGGUGGCGCGCCGUUCGUGACCUCGCUGUACGUUGGCGAUCUCGAAGUCAACGUGACUGAUUCUCAGCUCUACGAUCUGUUCAGCAAUAUGGGAGAUGUGGUAUCGGUUAGGGUCUGUAGGGAUUUAACCAGCCGGCGCUCGCUCGGAUACGGAUACGUCAACUUUGGCAACUCUCAAGAUGCCGAAAGGGCACUGAUGGAGCUGAACUUCACUCCACUCAAUGGCAAACCCAUUAGGGUUAUGUAUUCUCAUCGAGACCCUAGUGUGCGCCGUAGUGGCAAUGGAAAUAUAUUUAUCAAGAAUUUGGACAAGGAUAUUGACCACAAAGCUCUGCACGAGACAUUUUCUUCUUUUGGAACCAUCCUCUCAUGCAAAGUAGCAACUAAUUCUUCUGGCCAGUCAUUAGGUUAUGGCUUUGUGCAAUAUGCCACUGAAGAAUCUGCUCAGAAAGCUAUUGAGAAGCUUAAUGGAAUGUUAUUGAAUGGGAAACAAGUUUAUGUCGGACCUUUUGUCCGCAAGCAAGAAAGAGAGAUGGCAGUAGACAAGACGAAAUUCACUAAUGUGUUUGUCAAAAAUAUAUCUGAAACAACAACUGAAGAAGAUCUUCAGAAGAUGUUUGGUGAAUUUGGGCAAAUUACCAGUGUAGUUGUGAUGAGAAAUGAAGAUGGAACUUCCAAAUGUUUUGGAUUUGUCAACUUUGAAGAUGCAGAUGAUGCUGCCAGAGCUGUUGACUCUUUAAAUGGUAAAAAAAUUGAUAACAAGGAACUGUAUGUUGGUAGAGCCCAGAAAAAAUCUGAGAGGGAGGUACAACUUAAGAACCAAUUUGAGCAGAGUUUGAAGGAAGCUGUUGACAAAUCACAGGGUUCCAACCUGUAUGUUAAGAAUCUGGAUGAUAGCAUUAAUGAUGAUCAGCUUAAGGAGUUAUUCGCUUCAUAUGGUUCAAUAACAUCUUGCAAGGUUAUGCGGGACCCAAAGGGAAUUAGCAGAGGUUCUGGUUUUGUUGCAUUUUCCUCACCUGAAGAGGCUGCCAGAGCUCUCUCUGAAAUGAAUGGCAAGAUGAUUGCUAGCAAACCUCUUUACGUUGCACUUGCUCAGAGGAAAGAAGAUAGAAGAGCACGGCUACAGGCUCAAUUUUCUCAAAUGAGGCCAAUUACAAUGGCACCUACUGUGGCUCCUCGUAUGCCAAUGUAUACUCCUGGUGGUCCUGGUCCUGGUCUAGGGCAACAGAUAUUCUAUGGUCAAGCUCCACCUGCAAUGAUUCCUCCUCAGCCUGGAUUUGGAUAUCAACAGCAGCUUGUACCCGGUAUGAGGCCUGGUGGGCCCCUCAUGCCAAAUAUGUUUGUCCCUAUGGUUCAACCGGGUCAGCAAGGUCCACGUCCUGGUGGAAGGAGAGGUAAUGCUGGGCCAAUGCAACAGGGCCCGCAGCCUGUUCCUGUAAUGCAACAGCAGAUGGUUCCUAGAGGACGCGGUUCCCGCUUCCCUCCUGGACGCGGCAUGCCUGAUCCUAUGCAAGGUAUGGCAGGAGGCAUGCUGCCUGUCCCAUAUGAAAUGGGUGGCUUACCAUUGCGUGAUGCAGGAAUCUCUCGGCCAGUUCCUAUUGGGGCUCUGGCAUCUGCACUUGCAAAUGCUUCUCCCAGUGAACAAAGGACGAUGUUGGGAGAGAAUCUGUACCCACUUGUUGAACAAUUGGAGCCGGAGACGGCAGCCAAGGUUACUGGAAUGCUCCUGGAAAUGGACCAGACAGAGGUUCUGCACUUGUUGGAGUCACCAGAAGCUCUUAAAGCGAAGGUUGCAGAGGCAAUGGACGUGCUUAGGAGUGUGUCCCAGCAGCAGAGCGGCGGCUCUCCAGCUGAGCAGCUGGCUUCGUUGUCAUUGAAUGAGUGAUCUCAUUGAAUGAGUGUCCUAUUAAAUUGUUGAACGGCACACAGUUGAUGUUUUCAUUUCUGAGGAUUUUCAAACUUGCUGGCAUGAUGUAUUUGGCUUUGGAGAUAUUGUUUGUUCUGGUAUUCUGUGAAACCUAAUUUAAACCUUGUGCUUUGGAUAUUGAUCGUUUUUCUUUGAUUUGA